AUGACAGAUUCAACACAAAUUAAAUUUGAUUCAUUUUCAAUGUCAUUUAUAUCUGGUGCAAUUAUAUUUAGAAAUUUAUAUUAUAUAAUAGGAAGUUAUUUUAUUUUUGUUAAAGAUGGAUGUCUAGUUUUUCGUUAUUCGUCAAAAACAAAAACAAAACCUAUUAUACGUUUAAAAAUCAAAUUAUUUCAUCUUGAUUUACAUUUUUUAGUCCUAUACGUUCAAAGUCGAAUAUCAGCUGGACAUGAUACAUUACCCUAUGGAUUAUUUAUUCGUUUUAGUACAAUGAUAAAUACAUUUACAAGUACAUCGCCAUCAAAAAAUGCAUCACAAAUUGAUUUAAUGACACUUAUUUAUAGUUUAAAAUAUCGAAAUCUUCGUAUUCGACUAUAUCCAAUUCGAUUUUAUGAUAUUCAACCACAUCAAAUACCACCACCUAUACUAACAUCAAAAACAGCUGAUAGUGGUAUAUUUCAAGUACUUGAAUGUUCUGAUGAUGAACUUGAAUAUGAACAAGAUACACCAGGUAAAAUGAUUGAACUAUCAGAUAAUAGUGAACCAUUACCAGAUUUAACAUGGGAAUUUCGUAUUAAAUGUCCUAAAGAACCUGAAAUAGCAUAUAGUACGAUUAAAGUCGGUGUCUAA